AUGUCCUCCAGAUCGAUUCCGGCCACGGCGGCCAAUCUCAUUGAGACUAGCCAACUGCGCAGAAGAUAUUAUAGUGCACAAGUGUACGCGCAGACACAACGUGCACUCUCUAUUCCUGUCACUCUCAUACUCCGGUGGGAUGACACAAGACACGACCGGAGUAUUAAACGAACCUUGGCGCCAAACAUCUACAGUCAACAAUCAAACCACUACACCACUGAGGCAGUUUUUACAACUUUUGCAACUUUACAG